AUCCGAAUUUGACCCUUUGUCCUCUUCAAAGAUCACAAUUACUCUCAUCCCUCUUCGUACAUAAACCCCCUACCUACAUCUCCCUUCCAACCUCAACUUCCAUCUCAAGAUUUUCUUGCUUUUGCUGAUCUCUAGCUAGCUAAGUCUCACUGAUCAAAUCCAGGUUUUGGAUUCAAGAAGAUGGACACCACCCCACAAAUCCAAUCCGACCGGGCCAGAGCCAUCUGGCGACGCUGCCUUGCCUCCGCCUUCCGCACCGCCCUGGCAUGCACCAUAGUCGGCGGCCUCACCCUUUUCGGCCCGGAGUUUAUCACCCGCCAGGUUGCAUUCCCAGCGUUUUCAUACGUGACGGUGAUUCUUGUAGUCACUGAUGCCACAUUAGGCGACACUUUGCGGGGGUGCUGGCUGGCGUUGUAUGCCACCGUGCAAGGCGUUUGUCCGGCUAUACUCAGCCUGUGGCUGAUAGGUCCGGCCCGGCUUACCAACAGCACCACCGCGGUAGUGGUGGCGAUCAGUGCUUUCGUGGUGGUGCUCCCUGAAAACACUCACUUGAUAUCGAAACGAAUAGCACUUGGCCAGAUUGUUAUCGUGUAUGUCAUAGCAUUUAUCAACGGUGCAAAGACGGAGCCCAUCAUGCAUCCAGUCCAUGUGGCGGCGAGCACCGCCGUCGGCGUGGUGGCUUGUGUUCUGGCCCUCUUGUUACCCUACCCGAGCCUGGCCUGUCUUGAGGUGAGAGAAAACUGCAAAUUGUACAUUGAGAAUGCAUCUGAGAGGCUAAAGCUGCUUGUGAAGGCAUUCUCUGCGGAAGACAAGACAUUGCCAAAGGCAUUGAUCUCUCAGGCAAAGUCCUUGAACAACACAGGAAAUAAACUUCUCCAAAGGAUUAAAUCUAAACAAGAAAGCAUGCAGUGGGAGAUAAUUCCAGGGAAGUUUCUGAAAUCCUACAAGAAGAAUCCAGGAGAAACAUUGCAAGGACUUGAGACAAUCUUGAGAGGAAUGGAGAAUGCUGUAGAAAAUUGCUCUGAAUUCCCAGUUGGGAUACUGAACUCUGAGCUGAAAAAUGACUUAACCAAUCUACAGGAAAAAAUUCUGAAUCAAGUAAAGAGCAUGGCCCUGGAAAACUCAAUUCUUCCACAAUCAGACAUAGAAAAGGAGAAUAAGUUCUUCCAAACACUUCAAACUAACACCACCCCGUUAAUAAGCUGGAAAGAUCUACCUUCUAUGUUCUUCAUAUUCUGUUUGAAACUGAUCCUCCAAGCCAAAUCGUCAGCCCCCACUACUUCACCAGACACUGCUAAUUCUGCCAAACAAGCCGCAAAUGACUCACAGAAAAAGAAAGGGCUGUUCUUGUCAAAGUUAUGGAGCAACAGCCCCAUUACAAUUAGCAGGAGGAGACUAAUGCCAGCUCUCAGAUGCUCGCUUUCCUUGGGAUUCGCCAUCCUGUUUGGAUUGAUAUAUAGCAAGGAAAACGGGUUCUGGUCGGGGCUUCCAGUUGCUAUAAGCCUUGCAUCAGCAAGAGAGGCAACUUUCAAAGUUGCAAAUAUUAAGGCCCAGGGGACAGUUCUUGGAACUGUGUAUGGAGUAAUAGGCUGCUUCAUCUUCGAGAAAUAUGUGAAAAUAAGGUUCAUUUCACUCCUUCCAUGGUUCAUUUUCAGUAGCUUCCUGAGGCAGAGCAGAAUGUAUGGUCAGGCUGGUGGGAUUUCUGCAGUGAUAGGUGCGGUGCUGAUCUUGGGCAGGAAGAAUUUCGGCACACCAAAAGAUUUUGCCAUAGCCCGGAUAGUGGAGACCUUCAUUGGAUUAUCUUGUUCCAUAAUGGUGGACAUUCUGCUGCAGCCUAAAAGGGCUGCCGUCCUGGCUAAAGUCCAACUCUCCAAGACUCUCCAAUCGUUGCACGAAUCUGUCAGUUCGAUAACGAUUGGCUCCUCCAGCAGAUUCAUCUUGGAAGAAAGGCUAAAACAGCUGAAAUCCCAUGUAACUGAGCUUGGAAAAUUCAUUGAGGAAGCUGAGGUGGAGCCCAAUUUCUGGUUCUUACCUUUCCAUAGUGCUUGCUAUAGUAAGCUAAAGUUGUCACUAUCAAGAAUGGUGGAUUUCUUGCUUUUUGUGAGCCAUGCACUUAGAUUCCUAGAACAAGAAUCACAAAAGCUGGACACUAAAAGCUGGAAAGAGGCUGCUGAUAAACUGGAAACUGACCUCAAGCUGAUGAGAGAUGAGGUUUGCUCUGGGAUAAAAUGCUUUGAGGAGGUCAAUUUGAUCAAGUCACUCGCAACGGUCGAAAGGGAGUAUGAGAAGAGGAAAAGCUCCAUUGAUCUCGAAAUGGGAAAAUCAGGGAAGCUUUGUGUGAUCCAAUGCUCCUCAGGAUCAGAUGAUAAUGAUGAUGAGAUCAAGAAGAGCAGGAAUUCUGUUCUUCAAGAUUUGAAUGAACUUGUUGAUGUGGAGAGAGAUGGUGAAGAGGCGAUGAAGAAUGAAGUGAUUUUGAGUGUGAGUGCAGUGGUUUUCUGCAUGGAUGGAGUAUUGAAAGAGAGCAAAGAGAUUGGGAAGGCCAUCAAAGAACUUGUACAGUGGGAGAAUCCUUCAACUCAAGUGGACUUGAAUGUAAUUUUAUGUAAAUUACGUGCCUUAGAGAAAAGUGUAUAACAAUUUAAAUCAGUGAAGCUUGACUAAUUUAAAAUAAUUAUUUUUUUGAUAAAAUUACAAUUUUGGUACC